UGGCAGUAAAAAGAACUUGUGAUAAGAAGCAUGGGAAGGGAUUGAUACAAAUAAAUUAAGAAAACAUCAGCACCCUUUCUAAAAGCUGCUGAGAAAAAAAACCUUUCCCAAGGCUGCUACCCAGCCCUCAGCUGCAGAAUUUACAGGAACGACUGAUGCUCAAAGUGAAAUCAGAAUUAAAGCUUGGAACAUUCAUUCAUAAUAUGAAGAUGCUGCUGACUUUGUUCCUCUUCCUUAUUGGGAGUCAAACUUCAGUAACUCAGACACCUGCCCCUACAUCUGCAGAUAUUGUCCUUUUGGUUGACAGCUCUAAUAGCCUGGGAAAUAAGACGUUCCCCUUUAUGAAGUCUUUUAUUAUCAAAAUGAUCAGUCAUUUAACAGCGACUCCUAACCAAUACCGUAUCGCACUUGCCCAGUACAGUGACGAUUUGCACGUUGAAUUUCAGCUGGACACCUAUAAAGCAAAGAACCCAAUGCUGAACCAUGUCAAAAAGAACGUUGUAUUCAAGGGUGGUUCAGUAAAAACUGGCAAUGCCCUUCGAAAAGUUCACAAAACCUAUUUCAAAGGACCAACUAGUGGAAGAGACAAAGAACGAAUUUUGGUAGUCUUGACUUCAGGGGAAUCAAAGGAUGCUGUAGGAGAGCCUGCCAGGAUCUUGAAAAGUGAUGGGGUAAAAAUCAUAGCUCUGGGGAUUCAGGAUGUUUCUCCUCAAGAACUGCAGUCAAUGGCUACACCUCAAUUUUCGUAUACAUUUCGCACAGUGAGGGAUCUCAGUAUGUCUUCUCAAAACAUGACCAAGAUCAUUGAGGAUGUUAUUCAAACAGAUAUUAAUGACAUAAUACCAACAGUUAAAACUACAAGUGUUCCUGGGAGAGAAGUUUGUAAGAGUGAUUCCGUUGCUGAUGUUGUGUUCAUAGUAGAUGAGGGUGUUUCAAAACCAAAAUCUGAAGAUAUUAAAAAUUUCCUGCAAGAUACAGUCUCCUUUCUUGAUGUGAAGAAGAAUUGUACAAAGAUUGGCCUAGUGACAUAUAGCAGUGAGCCACAUGUGUUAGCUUUACUGAGUGAAGAAACAAACAAAACUGCUAUUCUGCAGAAAAUACAGGGCUUUUCUCCGAGGGAAGGGAAGGCCAACACUGGUGCUGCCAUUAAGGCUACAAGGAAAAACAUCUUCAGUGUAAAAUAUGGAAGCAGAAAGGCCCAAGGGAUAGAGCAAAUAGCAAUUCUGGUCACCCACAGACCCUCUGAAGACAAUGUAAGUGAGGCAGCUCGUGAUCUUCGGAGAGCUGGCGUGACUGUAUUCACCAUAGGCAUUGAAAAUGCUAACAACGCCCAGUUAACCCAGAUAGCAUCAUAUCCUCCACAGCUAUAUGUUACUAAGCUGACAGAAUUUUCUGACCUGCCAAAACAAGCCAGAACUUUACAAAAGAAACUCUUGAAUCAAAUUCAGGACAAGCAGUAUGUCCAGUCUGAAAGAAGAAAACUACUUAAAACAGGAUGUGUGGACACAGAGGAAGCUGAUAUUUAUGUGCUCAUUGAUGGCUCAACAAGCAUUCAUCCUGUUGACUUCGGAGACAUCAAAAAUUUUUUGAAGGAAGUGAUUAAGAUGUUUAACAUAGGGCGGGAUAAAGUUCGCUUUGGAGCUGUGCAGUUCUCACAUAACAGAAGACUGGAGUUUGAACUUGAUGAAUACAGCAAAAGAGAUGAUUUAGAGAUGGCCAUUGACAACAUUAGGCAAAUAUAUGGGAAUACCUAUAUUGGAGAAGCUUUGACUUUCAUGCAGCCACGGCUUAAAAAGGCAAGAGAGCAGAGAGCUGGCAGGGUGCCUUGUCACCUCAUUGUCCUAACAGAUGGGGAGUCACAUGACAGUGUGAAGGAGCCUGCUGAGAGACUGAGGAGUGAGAUGGUCAAUAUUUAUGCCAUUGGUGUAAAAGAUGCAAAUAAAGCACAGCUCCUUGAGAUUGCAGGGUCAAAGAGCAGGACUUUCUUUGUGCAAGAGUUUGACUCCUUGAAAAACAUAAAAAAUGAAAUUGUUCAAGGGAUCUGUUCUGGAGAAGCCUGCAAAGAAAUGACAGCUGACAUCAUGUUUCUAGUGGACAGUUCUGGAAGCAUAGGACAAGAGAACUUUUUGAAAAUGAAAAACUUUAUGAGAGAACUGGUCAACAAAUCUGACAUCAGCGCAGACCGAGUGCAGGUUGGGGUCGUCCAGUUCAGUGGCACAAACAAGGAAGAAUUCCAGCUUGACCAAUACUCUUCAAAAACUGACAUUUUCAGUGCUAUUGAUGGAAUGUCUCUUAUAGGGGAAAAUACACUAACAGGAAGUGCAUUGAUAUUUGUGGCUGAUUAUUUCAAGCCUCCCAAAGGUGCACGUCCAGCUGUCAAAAAAUUUCUUAUCCUGAUUACAGAUGGGGAAGCGCAGGAUGAAGUAAAAAGUCCAGCUAUAGCCCUACGUGAUCAAGGUGUUGUUAUCUACUCUGUUGGGGUGUUUAAUGCAAAUAAACCUCAGUUGGAAGAGAUUAGUGGGAAGCCUGAGCUGGUAUUUUACGUCGAGGAGUUUGCUAUUCUGAAGCACAUAGAAGAUGAGAUCAUCUUUGGAAUAUGCAGGCCUCAUGAAGAAUGCAAAAGGAUAGAAAGAUUAGAUGUUGUGUUUGUGAUAGAUGGAUCUGGGAGCAUAAGUACUGAACAAUACCAGACCAUGAAAGAGUUCAUGAUUGCCUUGGUGAAAAAAUCUGAUGUCGCUCCAGAUAGAGUUCAGUUUGGAGCUGUAAAAUAUUCUGAUGAACCAGAAACAUUUUUCUACCUUAAUAUGUACACAACAAAAUCCAAGAUUGUUGAGGCUAUCCAGAACGACAGAUCUAAGGGAGGUUCAACGUAUACAGCCAAGGCGAUUGGCUAUUCGGAAGCUCUGUUUGCUCAGGAGCAUGGCGGCCGCAAAAGCAAGGGAGUUCCACAGAUUCUUAUAGUGAUAACAGACGGUGAGUCCCAUGAUGCAGCACAGCUCGGUGACACAGCCAAGAGAUUAAGAGACAAUGGAAUUAUUAUCUAUGCUGUUGGGAUAGAAGGAGCAAAACCUGAUGAGCUUUUGGCCAUGGCUGGAUCAGAAGACAAAUAUUACUAUGUGGAUACAUUUGAAGGACUCAAAAACACAUCUAUAGCAAUAUCAGAAAAAAUAUGUGAUGAUUCAAAACCAGAGUGUGAAAUUCAAGCAGACCUUGUUUUCUUGAUUGAUGGUUCCAAUAGUAUAGACCAAACUAAUUUCACCAGGAUGAAGGAUUUCUUGAAAGAUCUACUAGAUCAGAUUGAUUAUGAUCAAAAUGUUCAAAUUGGCAUUGCCCAGUACAGUGACAGGUAUCAAAGAGAAUUCAGCCUGGGUGCUUUCCAGAGCAAAUCAGAACUGAACAUUCAAAUUCAGAAAAUUAAGCAGAUGACAGGAACUAGCACUUUAAUUGGAAAUGCACUUAAGAAGGUGAAGGAAUUCUUUGCACCAGCACGCACCAGAAGAGUAACAAGAAACGUCCAACCAGUUUUGCUGGUAGUCACUGAUGGGGAGUCGCAUGAUGAUGUUGCUGCACCAGCAGAAGAUCUGAGAAAGGAAGGUGUUCAUACAUAUGCUAUAGGAGUUGGGAAAAUUGAUCACUCGCAGCUCAUGCAAAUAGCUGGCAUCCCAGAAAGGAAGUACACUGUUAAUGAUUUCAAAGAGCUGAAGAUUAUUAAAAAAAGACUAGUUGGUGACCUAUGUAAACCUGAUAUUCCUACAACUUGUUUUGUGGAUAUCGUUAUGGGAUUUGACAUCUCUUUACAAAAGAGAGAGGACCAUUUAUUCCAGGGACAGUCCCAGCUGGAAACAUAUCUUCCUGCCAUUCUAAAAGCCCUCACAUCCCUAAGCAGUCUGAGUUGCAAUGUAGGGACAAAGACACAGAGCAGUGUGGCAGUGUACCUGAACAACACAAUUACACCCUGGUCUUCAAAGUUCCAAUUUGACAGUGAGAAAAUACUGAGCAGCUUGAGAAAUAUCCAGAUAGACAAACCAUCUCAUCUCAAUGGCAACUUCCUGGACUCACUCUGGAAAACAUUUCCAAGCAAAGCUGAUGAUCAAAAUCGAAGGAAGGUUUUACUUGUAUUUUCAGACGGUUUGGAUGAAGAUGUAGAAGAACUAGAACAAAAGUCAGAAGAACUCAGGAAAAAAGGAUUGGAUGCACUGAUAACUGUUGCUCUGGAAGGAGCCUCUAAAAUUGAUGAGCUUCAGUACAUUGAGUUUGGAAAGGGAUUUGAAUACAUGACUCGGUUAACUAUUGGCAUGAGAAAUAUUGCCAAAGCACUGUCCAAGUAUGUGACUAACGUUGCUGAAAGGACGUGCUGCGCUGUUUUUUGCAAGUGCAUUGGGGAGGAAGGUGGAAUUGGACGCCGAGGGAAAAAAGGAAAUGAAGGACCUAAAGGUAUAAACGGCAGUCGAGGACACUUAGGAGAAGAGGGAGAGCCGGGUUCAAGAGGACAGCCUGGACCAAUGGGAGAGCAAGGGAAUAAGGGAUGUGAUGGUAGUAAAGGUCCUAAAGGAUACCAAGGAAUGCGUGGUGAAAAGGGAGACGAUGGGGACAACGGGAUUGAUGGAAUUAAUGGAGAGCAGGGAUCACUUGGGUAUCCAGGAAAGAUGGGAGAAAAGGGUGACCCAGGCUACAUGGGCAGUCCAGGGCCAAGAGGACUCCCUGGUGAGCGUGGUGAGAAGGGCUUACGAGGAGAUCGUGGUGAUCCUGGAUUGGACAAUGACAUAGCAGGGUCCAAAGGUUCAAAAGGAGAACAGGGAAGCCAGGGUGAAAGAGGACCAAUGGGCUUACCAGGGUCACCAGGCUCUUCGAGAACCACAGGAGCAAAAGGUCGACGAGGAACACCAGGUCGACAGGGGGAGGAAGGAGCUCCUGGUUCAAAGGGCUUUUCAGGAGAACCAGGAUUUCCAGGAUCCCAGGGACAAAGAGGGAUUGGAGGUGUGAAAGGAGAAAGAGGAAGUGAAGGAAGUAAAGGUCUUCAGGGUGAACUGGGAACUGCGGGUCCAAAAGGGAGUCCUGGCAGUCCUGGGAUGAGAGGAAAUAAAGGAGAAUAUGGUGAUCCUGGAGAGACAGGACAGAGAGGGCCACCAGGUCAACGGGGAAUGCAGGGAGACGAUGGUGCUGCUGGAUAUGGUGGACCAGGAAAGAAAGGAGCAAAGGGACAAGGAGGAUUCACCGGAGAUAUUGGACGGAAGGGUGAAACUGGAGACUCAGGACCUCCAGGAGAACUUGGCCCAAAAGGAAUCAGAGGAAAAAUGGGUACUGCAGGUCCUUUUGGUCCGAAGGGAUUUCCAGGAGACAAGGGAUUUCCAGGACACAGGGGCGCUAAAGGAACAAUGGGACUGCACCCUUUUCCCCCAUGUGAAGUCAUUGACUAUGUGCGCAGGCACAGCCCUUGUUGGCAGGAAAAACCGGAAUGCCCAGUAUAUCCAACGGAGCUAGUGUUUGCUUUGGACAUAUCCCAGGAUGUCACAUCCCAGUUAUUUGAAAGAAUGAGAGAGAUUGUAAUAUCAGUAGUGAAUGCCACCAAAAUUAAAGACAGCAACUGCCCAGUGGGAGCUAGAGUUGCUGUUGUGUCCUACAAUUCCAACACUCAUUAUCUGAUCCGCUUCUCCGAGUUCUACAGCAAGAAUCAGCUCCUCAACAAACUUAAGAAUCUGGCUUAUGAGAGAUCCUCAAGUGAACGAGAUAUUGCCAGAGCGAUGAGAUUCGUUGCCAGGAAUGUUUUCAAGCGAACUCACCAAGGUCCUAAUGUGAGAAAAGUAGCAGUGUUUUUCAGCAAUGGGCCAUCAUCAGAUGAAUUUUCUAUUAACACAGCAGUUCUGGAGUACACUGCAUUUGAUAUUGUUCCAGUAGUUAUCGCUUUUAAUGAUGUUCCCCUCCUUGGUCGUGCUUUCGCGAUGGAUGAUACUGGAUUCUUCCAGAUAAUAAAUAUUAAUCAAGAGGAUGACUAUGAGCCAUACUUGGAAACAUUUCGGCGCUGCAAUCUUUGUUAUGACAAAUGUAAACCAGAUGAGUUUUGUGAACGCCGCAGAUACCGAUCACCACCAGCAUAUGUGGAUGCUGCUUUCCUUUUGGAUAGCUCACAGAAAAGCAGUGGUGCCGAAUUUCAGAACGUGAAAAACUUCUUGAGCAGAGUACUUGAUAACUUUGACAUUUCCUCUGAGCCACAGACUUCUUCCACAGGUGAUAGGGUGGCUGUGGUGAGCCAUGCUCCACCAGGUUUCAAACUCCGCCCAGGGAGGAGCCCUGUAAAGAAAGAAUUUGACUUUGUCACCUACAGCAGUAGCCAGUUAAUGAAAGGACAUAUCCAAGAAUCUGUUCGACAGCUGAAUGGAGCAGCUGCUCUUGGCCAUGCCAUACAGUGGACAAUUGAUAAUGUUUUCUUGACUGCACCCCACUCCAGACAACACAAGGCUAUCUUUGUUAUAUCUGCUGGAGAAACAAGUCAUUGGGACAAAGACAUAUUAAAGAAGGCAUCUCUGAGAGCCAAGUGCCAAGGAUAUGCUCUGUUUGUAAUUUCAUUAGGACAUGUAUAUAACAACACAGAAUUGGAAGACCUGGCUAGUAUUCCCUUGGAACAUCAUUUGAUUCAGCUGGGCAGAGUUCACAAGCCUGAACUUGAAUAUGUAGUGAGGUUUAUAAAACCAUUUGUGCAUCUCCUCAGGCGUGCAAGCAACAAAUAUCCACCAGUAGAGCUCAGGAGAAUUUGUACCAGAGCUCGCUCUCCGAAACCAGAAUAUGUACUAAGGGGCCAACCACAUGUUUCUAUCAUAGAUGAGGAUUGGUCAGGAGCUGAUGCCAUAGCUGAUGCUGAAUACGCUGUUUCUGGGCAGUCAACACUAAUGUUCCAGGAUGAUGUAAGCGAUGGUCCUCUAAAUACCAAUGGUUUUGCCAGCAGUACACAUCAAUCCUUGGUAACUACAGACAUAAUGGAGACUGCUGCCAAAACACACGGAAGGGAAGAUAACGUGGCUGGAACCAAAGCGUUUUAAACAAUGAAAUGGUUAAAUAUGGCACUGGGCUGAAGAAAAACUAUGCUGUAUGGUUCUGACCUGUAAAAAUUCCCAUCUCUGCCUCCUACAAUGGUUUAUUGGUGGAAAUCAUGGAAGAAAUGUGGACAUGAUCUGUCAGAUACAGAAUCAUUUUUAUUCCUUUAAAAAAUGGACAAGACUGUAUUUUAAAAAACUUGAAUAUAUCUAUCCUUAUGCACGUAGGGUCCGCUCCUGUAUAGUACUGAAUGUGCUCAACUCCCAUUCACUUCAGUGGGAGAUGAUGGCACUUGGAAAUUAACAGUCAGGCCCCUGAGGAACUGUCUAGUCUCCAGGUCAGUUGUGCUUUGUUGGAGUUGGUUGGUAAAAAUUGAGGCAUGAAUGUGUGUAACACUCUCCUCUUUCAAUGAGUAAACUGCAGUGCAAACUCUUUUCAGUGAAACUUUACUUUCCAUUCUCCUUCUACAGGUGUAAGUUGCAUUGUGUAAAGAUAGGAAGAAGGCUUAUUAGUCACUGCUGUGCUUUUCCAGAUAGAGUAACUAUACAAUUGGUGACUAAAUUACUUCCUUUAGACCAAGGAGAACUCUAAAAGAACAGUGUAUCUUUAACACGGAGCAUCUAGUCUACCUUAAAACGUAACAAAACACCAAGGUCAUAAGCAUAGGGCUUGUGUGUGUUUAAAAAAAAAAAAAGCUUUCCAAUGUAAGUUUUUUCCCAUCAGAAAAUGUUGAGUCCAUGGAAUUGAAGCAUUCUACAGGAAUGUCUCUAUUCCAUCAUAAGUUUUGAUGGAAACCAAGCAGAUUGACUCCUGACAGUCUGGCCAGUGCCAGUCUAGAAGUUUUCAAAAAGACAAUUUUUUCUGUGGAAUAGAAUUUCCAACUGCUUGUUCUGAUUUGGAACAAAAAAAAAUUCAGAAUUGCAGGUUUCAUGGGACAGAAUUGUACAAAUCUACUUGUCUUCAUAGCUACAUGGACCCUAUUCAAUUUUAAAGUCUCAAUAUUAAAAAGUGGCUAAAUGAAAUUUAGUUUCAUAUGCCACAAUAUACCAAGUUUCACACUGAUGUGAUAUCUAAUAGUUACCAAAAAUAUUGCAACAUCCAGGUUUGUUGUACCUUUACAUGUCUGUGUACUAACACUGAAAUGAAACUUUGUAAAAACAGACAGCAUACAUCUUCAGUAGCUCAUUUCAUUUUAACUGGUACAUUAAGUACUUUGAUAGGCUCACUACCUGCUCAAUCUCUCCUUCCCAUAUUACUGUAGAGUUGUUAGUUACUCUUGGAGUAAACUCUUGAACCUAGAAUUAUGUUGUGCCAAUUGGGGAAAAGAAGAGAGAUUGGUUAAAUGUAUUUUUUUCUGUGUAUCUUUAUUCCAAAAAGGAAAAAUUAAACACAAUUACUACUGAAGUCUGAUGAUAUAAACCACUGGCUUUAGUGGGAUCAGGCUUUGAAUAUCAGUGCACUCCAAGGAAUCAAAGUUCCAUUUCUCAAACUCUUAUAACCAGGCAUAGGUGACUCUUCACAGUAAUAAGCAUGCCUGAUAGUCAUUGUUCAAAGCUUCAGACCCCAAAUUCUUACAAAUAAAAAUGUUCACAAUUUAGACCAGUUUUUUGGUCUAGAGAGUAGUAUAAGAACAUUUUAUUUUUCUGAAUUUUAAGACACCUGCGAAUUACAUUUUUUUUGGUAAGAAAAAGUUACUGCUGUGUCAGUGAGUGCACAAAUAACAGUACCUUGAUAGUUUCAGCAAAUCUCUUUUCAAUUCCUGUCAAUGUUGUCUGGCAACACAAAUCGGUUGAGGAUCUGAAUUUUGGCUUACCACUAUAUCCCUCUGACUAGCACUGUUGAAGUCAACAAAACUUCUCAUAAAAGUAUGAAACAAUUUGUGGCUACAGUACACAAUACUAUGCAUUAUUUCUGAGAGCCACAUGCACAUAUUGCAUUGUACACAGGGUUCAGAUCUGCUUAGUGGUUUCACCCUUCUAGUUUUGAAGUUGCCAUGCGUGCCUCUGGUUUUUUUUUUUUUUUUAAAUGUAUCUGUAACCUCUAAUUGGUGAAAAACAUUUAAAAACUGUAUGGGGACAGUUGUAAAAUCUACAUUCUGUCACACUGCUGGCAUCAUACUGAGCUUUUUAAUGCAGAUUAUGCAACAUGUCAUGGUACCAAUUAAACUAUCUACCUGAAACUUCA